AAUGUAUCUUUAUUCCUUGACGCUUUGCGGUUUUCUCGGCUUCAUCCAAAAGCAACAGACACUCUCGCCCAUUUUACACAUUAAACUUUGCCACCACACUACUCCUCAUUAUUUUUGCAUUUAAAAAAAAUGGCUUCGUCUUGUUUCCUUCAAGGCUUAAAUUUGUAGCCAAUUUCUGCUAUUGUUUCAUCUUUGGUUAUAUACGUACUGGUUCUACUUGUUUGCUUCGUCUUCCGAUAUGUUUGAUUCUAGUUAUGCUAGAAGCCAUACUGCCAUCGCUUAUCUGUUUCUUGCGGUUAUUGUUGCAGAAACUAGCUUUUGCUUCUCUUCUAAGGUUUAUGUAGUAUACAUGGGAAGCAAAACUGGUGAAGAUCCUGAUGAUAUUCUGAAGCAAAACCAUCAAAUGCUUACUGCUGUUCACAGAGGGAGUGUUGAGGAGGCACAUGCUUCUCAUGUUUAUAGCUACAGACAUGGCUUCAAAGGCUUCGCAGCCAAGUUGACUGUUGAACAAGCUUCCCAAAUUUCUGAUAUGCCCGGAGUAGUCUCUGUUUUCCCCAAUUCUAAGAGAAUUCUGCACACAACUCAUUCCUGGGAUUUUAUCGGACUUCCAGACGACAAAAGCAUGGAGAUUUUUGGGCACUCCACCAGAAACCAAGCAAAUGUGAUAAUUGGCUUUAUUGAUACGGGAAUUUGGCCUGAAUCCCCAAGUUUUAAAGACUCCAACAUGCCUCCAGUGCCAUCCGAAUGGAAGGGACAUUGUCAAACAGGAGAAGCUUUCAAUGCUUCAUCUUGCAACAGGAAAGUGAUUGGAGCUAGAUACUAUGCCAGUGGAUUUGAAGCAGAGGAAGGGCUAGAGAAAAAAGUUUCUUUCAAAUCUCCCAGGGAUAGCUCUGGCCAUGGCAGCCACACCGCCUCAAUAGCCGCAGGGUGCCACGUGGCAAACAUGAGUUACAAGGGAUUAGGAGCUGGAAAAGCUAGGGGAGGGGCACCAAUGGCUAGGAUUGCUGUGUACAAAACUUGCUGGGACUCAGGAUGCUAUGACGCAGACUUGCUAGCUGCCUUUGAUGAUGCCAUCCGAGAUGGGGUUCACAUUCUGUCUCUCUCUCUCGGUCCUGAAGCUCCCCAAGGAGACUAUUUCAGUGAUGCCAUAUCUGUGGGGUCGUUUCAUGCUGCUAGUCAUGGAGUGCUUGUGGUCUCAUCGGCUGGGAAUAAUGGAAACCCUGGUUCUGCUACGAAUCUUGCACCAUGGAUGAUCACGGUUGCUGCUAGCUCAACAGACAGGGAUUUCAUAUCUGAUAUUAGAUUAGGAAAUGGAGCUAACAUCAAGGGUGAGAGUCUGAGUCUCUUGGAAAUGAAAGCCAACACAAGGAUACUUCCCGCAUCUGAAGCCUUCGCAGGGUAUUUCACUCCUUAUCAAUCCAGUUAUUGUUUAGACAGUUCCCUGAAUGAGUCCAAGGCAAAAGGGAAUGUUCUGGUGUGUCAACAUGCAGAGAGCUCGACAGAGUCCAAACUAGCAAAGAGUGAGGUGGUGAAACAGGCUGGAGGUGUGGGGAUGAUACUUAUUGAUGAGUUGGAUCUCAAUGUUGCCAUCCCAUUUGUAAUUCCUUCAGCCAUCGUUGGAAGGAAAACUGGAGAAAUGAUUCUGUCCUAUGUUAAUAGCACACGUAAACCCACUUCAAGGAUUUUUAGAUCGAAGACAGUGUUUGGUACUCAACCUGCACCCCUUGUGGCAGCGUUUUCUUCUAAAGGUCCCAACUCUUUAACUCCAGAAAUUUUGAAGCCUGAUGUGACAGCUCCGGGAUUGAACAUCCUUGCAGCAUGGUCUCCAGCUAAAGGAAACAUGAUGUAUAACAUUCUCUCUGGAACCUCCAUGUCCUGUCCCCAUAUAACUGGAAUUGCAGCCUUAGUCAAAACUGUUCAUCCUUCAUGGUCUUCAUCUGCAAUCAAAUCAGCCAUCAUGACAACUGCUACAACUCUGGAUAAACAACACGGACCAAUCAGAGCGGAUCCUGGACGAAGAAAGGCUAAUGCAUUUGAUUAUGGAUCAGGCUUUGUGAACCCGGCAAGUGUUCUGAAUCCUGGCCUCAUCUAUGAUAUAAAGUCAGAAGAUUACAUAGAGUUCCUUUGCUCACUAAAUUACGAUGACAAGUCGCUCCGGCUUAUUACCAGAGACAACAGCACAUGUCAUGGCCAUAGAAAAUUCAAAACUGCCUCUGACCUCAACUAUCCAUCUAUUAUAGUGCCCAAUCUCAAAGACAACUUUACAGUAUCUCGAACUGUGACUAAUGUUGGAGAGGCAAGAAGUAUAUACAAAUCUGAAGUGUCUUCUCCUGCUGGAGUUAAUGUCACUGUUGUGCCAAACCAGCUUAAUUUUGCAAGAGUUGGGCAGAAAAUCAAGUUCAUGGUGAAUUUCAAAGUAGUUGCUCCCUCAAAGGGCUAUGAAUUUGGCUUCUUGUCUUGGAAGAACAGAAGAUCACAGGUCACAAGUCCUCUAGUUGUCCGGGGGGCGCCGGCGAACCUUGGGAUGGUUUGGUAACAAAUUAACAAUUACUUGUUAAUAUUUGAAUUAGCUUAGAAUCUUUGUUAAUGGUGAUCCACAUAGUCACUGGAACAAGAUUCAUGCUGAAAUCUUGAUGCAGACCACAUUUAUACAAUUGGAACAGCGAAAACUGAUGACAGAAUAUGAAGUUAAACAAUGAUACAUUGAUGCCCCUCA